UGGACGGAGCCCCUCACCCCCUGGAGCGGGCCUGUAUCGGGGCUCGGUUUAGGCACCGACUGCCGCCGAGCAGCCGUCCCUUGACGGGCUUGCUGCCUGCCGUGCUUGCUUGGAUGAGUCUGCGACAUGCCUAAUAAGAGACGAGAUGGGCCAGGGCGACGAGAGCGACCGCAUUGUGAUCAACGUGGGAGGGACUAGGCACCAGACUUACCGCAGCACCCUACGCACCCUGCCCGGCACUCGGCUGGCCUGGAUCGCCGAACCCGAUGCCCACAGCCACUUCGACUAUGACCCCCGCACGGAUGAGUUUUUCUUUGACCGGCACCCGGGCGUCUUUGCCCACAUCCUGAAUUACUACCGCACUGGCAAGCUGCACUGCCCCGCGGACGUGUGCGGGCCCCUAUACGAGGAGGAGCUGGCCUUCUGGGGCAUCGAUGAGACCGAUGUGGAGCCCUGCUGUUGGAUGACUUACCGGCAGCACCGCGACGCCGAAGAGGCUCUGGACAGCUUUGGUGGGGCACCCCUGGAUAGCAGUGCUGAGGACGGAGACAUAGAUGGCACCGGAGACUCUGGUGAUGGUGAAGAGGAGCUGGAGAUGACAAAACGCCUGGCACUUAGUGACUCCCCAGAUGGCAGGUCUGGGGGCUUCUGGAGACGGUGGCAGCCCCGCAUCUGGGCACUCUUUGAGGAUCCCUACUCCUCCAGAUAUGCAAGGUAUGUGGCAUUUGCCUCCCUCUUCUUCAUUCUGGUCUCCAUCACCACCUUCUGCCUCGAGACCCAUGAGAGAUUUAACCCUAUUGUAAACAAGACAGAAACUGAGUUCAUCGGGAACGACACCCAGGUGCGGCACUACAGGGAAGCAGAGACUGAAGCCUUUCUCACCUACAUCGAAGGUGUCUGUGUCAUCUGGUUUACAUUUGAGUUCUUGAUGAGAGUCACUUUCUGCCCCAACAAGGUGGAAUUUAUCAAAAACUCUUUGAACAUCAUUGACUUUGUGGCCAUUCUGCCUUUCUACCUAGAGGUUGGACUCAGUGGCCUGUCUUCCAAAGCUGCUAAGGAUGUCCUGGGCUUCCUCCGUGUGGUCCGUUUCGUGCGAAUCCUCCGCAUUUUCAAGCUGACGCGGCACUUCGUGGGGCUGCGGGUCCUGGGACACACCCUCCGUGCCAGCACAAACGAGUUCUUGCUGCUCAUCAUAUUUUUGGCAUUGGGCGUCUUAAUCUUUGCCACGAUGAUCUAUUAUGCCGAGCGAAUAGGUGCUAAACCAAAUGACCCUAGUGCCAGUGAACACACACACUUUAAAAACAUCCCCAUCGGCUUUUGGUGGGCUGUUGUCACCAUGACGACCCUGGGCUACGGAGACAUGUAUCCUCAGACUUGGUCAGGCAUGCUGGUGGGGGCCCUCUGUGCUCUUGCUGGUGUGCUGACCAUUGCCAUGCCUGUCCCUGUCAUUGUGAACAAUUUCGGAAUGUAUUACUCCUUAGCUAUGGCUAAGCAGAAGCUACCAAAGAAAAAAAAGAAGCAUAUCCCGAGGCCACCCCAGCUGGGAUCCCCCAAUUAUUGUAAAUCUGUCGUAAACUCUCCACACCACAGUACUCAGAGCGACACUUGCCCACUGGCCCAAGAAGAAAUUUUAGAAAUAAACAGAGCAGAUUCGAAACUGAAUGGUGAGGUGGCCAAGGCGGCGCUGGCAAACGAAGACUGUCCCCACAUAGACCAGGCUAUAACCCCUGAUGAGGGCCUGCCCUUUACCCGCUCUGGCACUCGGGAGAGAUAUGGACCCUGCUUCCUCUUAUCAACCGGGGAAUAUCCCUGCCCGCCUGAUGGAGGAAUAAGAAAGGGAAAGCAUCUCCAACUCAAUACAGAACAAAACCUGGGCUCACGAAUUUGUGCAAGACUGAAUAUGUCUGGUCCACUGACAAUACAUGAGGAUUAUAUCAUACAUGAAGCAGCUGCAGUGCAGAGAAGAUUAAGCAUUAAAGAUGCUUUUUUUUACACCUGUAGAAGACAAGAAAAUCUUUAA